CGCCCCCGGUCUCUCCCGCCCACGCUCGCGUCCGCGGAGGGCGUGGCGCCCGUAACCUCUGCGCACUGACGUCGGCGCGCCGACGUGACGUGCUGACGUGGCGCUCUGGGCGCCUCCGCCCUCCCGGGCUCCAGUCCGGCGGCGGGAGGUCUGGGGCGGCGCUUCGGUUUGUGGCAGCCGCCGUGGUGUUAAGGCGCGAGGCCGGUGGGAAGGGCCGGCCCUUGUAGUCUCCUCCUCCGGGUCUGCGGCUCCCCGUCCCAGAUGGACAGGGUGUGCGCCGUGUUCGGAGGCUCCCGGGGCAUCGGCAGGGCGGUGGCCCGCUUGAUGGCCCAGAGAGGCUACCAACUGGCCAUCGUCGCCCGGAAUCUGCAGGGGGCCAGAGCCGCGGCCGGGGACCUGGGCGGAGAUCAUUUGGCAUUGAGCUGUGAUGUUGCCAGAGAACAUGAUGUUCAAACUACAUUUGAAGAGAUAGAGAAGAACUUAGGUCGAGUUAAUUUCUUGGUAAAUGCAGCUGGAAUUAACAGGGAUAACCUCUUAGUAAGGACAAAUGCCGAAGAUAUGCUAUCUCAGCUUCAUACUAACCUCUUGGGCUCCAUGCUGACCUGUAGAGCUGCCGUGAAGACAAUGAUUAAACAGCAGACAGGGUCCAUUGUGAAUGUGGGAAGCGUCGCAGGUGUAAAAGGCAGUUCUGGCCAGUCCGUGUACAGCGCCAGUAAAGGCGGGCUAGUUGCGUUCUCACGCUCUCUUGCUAAAGAAGUAGCAAGAAAGAAAAUUAGAGUGAAUGUCGUUGCACCAGUGUGAACCAGAGGAGAUAAUCCAACAAGGCUAUGUAGGUGAUGUCAUUUGCACACUUCACGCAGUAAUCCCCUACAGUAACUAACGUACUCAUGACCUCAGAGACACUGCUGGUUCGGUUCCAGGCACCGCAGUAGAGAGCAUGUCACAAUGAAGCGAGUCAACAAACCUUUUGGUUUCCCAGUGCAUAUAUAAGCUAUGUUUACACUAUGCUAUAGUCUAUUAAGUGUGCAGUAACACUAUAUCUAUAAAAACAGUGUUCAUACCUUAAUUGAAAAAUACUUGAUUGCUAAAAAAUGCUAACCAUCAUCUGAGCCUUCAAGUCAAGUUGUAGUGCUAACAUCAGAAAUCACUGAUUACAGAUAUCACGGCAAAUACAGUAAUAAUGAAAAAGUUUGAAAUAUUUUGAGAAUUACCAAAAUGUGACACAGAGACAUGAAGUGAGCGAAUGCUAUUGGAAAAAUGGCGCCAAUAGACCUGCUUGAUCCAGGCUUGCCCAAAACCUUCAACUUGUAAAAAACGCAGUGUCUGCAAAGCGCAAUAAAACGAGGUCUGCCUGUACUGCAGAAAGCCAGUGUUUGUACAGAGAAAGAAUGAUCAUAGGUCACAUAUGUUUGUUUCCAAAAUGGAGAAGACGCCUUUCACUGGGUGCCACUGCCCCGGAGAGCUACCCCGUAGUCACGUUAGAAUUUCAACACAAAGAAAAAUUUGAAGGAGAAAAGAUAUUUUACGCAGGCUCAGGAGGAAGAAACAUCUUUUGAAAAGUCACUCUGGGAAGUAGUAGGUUGUAGUAGUGAUUUUAGCUGUGGUUGCCUCUUCAGUGAGCGAAGGGGGCGCUCUGAGGCCUGCUGUGUGGUGGUGCAGGGGGCAGCGGUGGCACGUGGUAACCGAAGUGAGGGCGCGCACGCCGGCCCCCGCAGGUUCCAGCCCGUGCGCGGGAGGUAUCCCUCAGAGGAACUCAGGCUGCCAAUAUCCGACCUGUUUGUGCGUGGCCGACAAUGAACGUGGUUAGGGAGGUGGGAAUUUAAGGGG